CCAGAACCAGUAAACAUGUCCACCAGAGACCAGAACCAGGAAGCAGGUCCAGCAGAGACCAGAACCAGGAAGCAGGUCCUCCAGAGACCAGAACCAGUAAACAUGUCCAGCAGAGACCAGAACCAGGAAGCAGGUCCAGCAGAGACCAGAACCAGGAAGCAGGUCCAGCAGAGACCAGAACCAGGAAGCAGGUCCUCCAGAGACCAGAACCAGGAAGCAGGUCCAGCAGAGACCAGAACCAGGAAGCAGGUCCUCCAGAGACCAUAACCAGGAAGCAGGUCCAACAGAGACCAGAACCAGGAAGCAGGUCCAGCAGAGACCAGAACCAGGAAGCAGGUCCUCCAGAGACCAGAACCAGGAAGCAGGUCCACCAGAGACCAGAACCAGGAAGCAGGUCCAGCAGAGACCAGAACCAGGAAGCAGGUCCACCAGAGACCAGAACCAGUAAACAUGUCCACCAGAGACCAGAACCAGGAAGCAGGUCCACCAGAGACCAGAACCAGGAAGCAGGUCCACCAGAGACCAGAAUCAGGAAGCAGGUCCAACAGAGACCAGAACCAGUAAACAUGUCCACCAGAGACCAGAAUCAGGAAGCAGGUCCAACAGAGACCAGAACCAGUAAACAUGUCCACCAGAGACCAGAACCAGGAAGCAGGUCCAGCAGAGACCAGAACCAGGAAGCAGGUCCACCAGAGACCAGAAUCAGGAAGCAGGUCCAACAGAGACCAGAACCAGUAAACAUGUCCACCAGAGACCAGAAUCAGGAAGCAGGUCCAACAGAGACCAGAACCAGUAAACAUGUCCACCAGAGACCAGAAUCAGGAAGCAGGUCCAGCAGAGACCAGAACCAGGAAGCAGGUCCACCAGAGACCAGAACCAGGAAGCAGGUCCAACAGAGACCAGAACCAGUAAACAUGUCCACCAGAGACCAGAAUCAGGAAGCAGGUCCAACAGAGACCAGAACCAGUAAACAUGUCCAACAGAGACCAGAACCAGGAAGCAGGUCCAACAGAGACCAGAACCAGGAAGCAGGUCCAGCAGAGACCAGAACCAGUAAACAUGUCCAGCAGAGACCAGAACUGGGAAGCAGGUCCAGCAGAGACCAGAACCAGGAAGCAGGUCCAACAGAGACCAGAACUAGGAAGCAGGUCCAACAGAGACCAGAACCGGGAAGCAGGUCCAGCAGAGACCAGAACCAGUAAACAUGUCCAGCAGAGACCAGAACUGGGAAGCAGGUCCAGCAGAGACCAGAACCAGGAAGCAGGUCCAACAGAGACCAGAACCAGUAAACAUGUCCAACAGAGACCAGAACCAGGA